AGUCGACUAUAAAAGAGUCAGUACCUUAGUACGUUGUAUCCCACUUGGUACAACUGUAAUUUUAAAACAUGCAGCGUUUAUUGGUGAUAGUUAUGGCCAUAGGGCUUCUGUGUGUUGCAUUUGUACGCGGAUUUGACGAAAAGGAAGCUAUGGCCAAGAUGUUGGAAGCAUCAGAGGCUUGUAUGGACAAGGUGGGUGCUAAUGAAGCCGAUAUUCAGGACCUGAUUAAAAAGCAGCCAGCUUCAACUUACGAGGGCAAAUGCCUGCGAGCUUGCGUGAUGAAGAGCUUUGGUUUGUUCAGUGAAAACGGCAAGUUAGACACCGGAGCCGCACAUGAGAAAGCUAAGCAGUAUACUGGUAACGAUCCAGCAAAAUUGAAACUGUCUCUUGAGAUAGGAGACACUUGUGCUUCUAUUAGUGUGCCUGAAGACGAGUGUGAGGCUGCUGAAGCCUACGGUGCCUGUUUUAAGGGAGAGGCUAUCAAGCAUGGCCUUAUGUAAAUCCAAGUACUUCGGAUGGACCACAGAAUUCCAAAACCCCGCCCUGAAAACUUGCAUAAUCCGAAUAUUAAUGUACCCUCUUCUAAAAAAGAAUCAAUAAAAGCAUUGUAAACUACUUA